GAAGCGGAGAGAGAAAACGUUUGGACAAGGACAGCGCACAUGGGAGCAUCGGAUUCACAGCUUAGUCGUCGACAAAAUGGCCAAAAACACAUCAUUACAUUUUCGCAUUGUCGAGGGCAGGAACCUGCCGGCCAAAGACGUGUCUGGAACCAGUGAUCCAUACUGCAUAGUAAAAGUUGACAAUGAAGUUGUGGCCAGGACUGCCACGGUGUGGAAGAACCUCAACCCUUUCUGGGGCGAGGAGUACACACUGCACCUCCCAAUGGGUUUCCAUUCGCUCUCCUUCCACGUCAUGGAUGAGGACACCAUCGGCCAUGAUGAUGUUAUUGGAAAGAUUUCUCUGACCAAAGAAGCCAUUGGAUCUCAAACUAAAGUGUUAGACAGCUGGAUGAACCUGACGAGGGUUGAUCCUAACGAAGAAGUCCAAGGCGAGAUCCACCUGACUCUACAACUGCUGGAAGGCACCGAGAAGAUUGUCCUGCGAUGUGACGUGAUCGAAGCCAGAGACCUGGCCCCGAGAGACAUCUCAGGAACCUCAGAUCCAUUUGCAAGAGUUAUAUACAACCACCACAGCGCAGAGACCUCGAUUAUCAAGAAGACCCGUUUCCCGCAUUGGGGAGAGACCCUGGAGCUGGACUUGGAUCCACAGGAGCUCAGUGAGGAGGGCACUGUCAUUGUGGAGGUCUGGGACUGGGACAUGGUGGGCAAAAAUGACUUUCUGGGAAAGGUAGAAAUCCCUUCUGCUUGUUUACACAAAAAAACUCUACUGCAGAGCUGGUUUCGUUUGCUUCCUUUGGGAAACAGUGAGGUGGAUGCAGGUGGCAAGUUGGGAGCACUGCGUCUGAAGGUGCGUUUGGUGGAGGAUCAGAUUUUGCCGUCCUUGUACUAUCGACCCCUCAUUGACCUUUUGGUUGAGUCGGUCAUCUCCCCUGCUGAGGUUGAGGACAGCAGUGCGCUUACCAUGCUGGAGGAAGUGACCACAGUCGAGAGCCGGCAAGACGUGGCCAUGACCUUGGUGAAGAUCUACCUGGGUCAGGGCCUAGUGAUUCCCUUCUUGGAUUAUCUCAACACCCAGGAGGUCAACCAUACCACUGAUCCAAAUACUUUAUUUCGUUCCAACUCUCUUGCGUCCAAAGCCAUGGAGCAGUUUAUGAAGGCUGUCGGCAUGCUGUAUCUACAUGAAGUGUUGAAGCCCAUCAUCAAGCGCAUCUUUGAUGAGAAGAAGUACAUAGAACUGGACCCGAGUAAGAUUGACCUGAAUCACACAAGGCGGAUUUCAUUUAAGGGCGCAGUGUCGGAGGCAGAAGUGCGGGACAGCAGUGCGGAGAUGCUGCAAAGCUACUUAACGAGCGUCGUCGAAUCAAUCGUGGGCUCGGUUGAGCAAUGUCCUCCCGUCAUGAGGGUGGCCUUCAAACAGCUGCACAAGCGCGUCGAAGAGCAGUUUGCCGAACCACGGAACGAGGAUGUGAAAUAUCUCGCCAUCAGUGGCUUCUUUUUCCUGCGGUUUUUUGCUCCUGCUAUCCUCACCCCUAAACUGUUCCAGCUGAGGGAGCAGCAUGCCGAUACACGCACGAGCAGGACACUCUUACUGCUGGCCAAGGCGUUACAAAGUGUGGGCAACCUGGGCCUCCAGCUGGGUCACGGAAAGGAGCAGUGGAUGGCACCUCUUCAUCCCAUCAUCCUUCGCAGCGUGGCGUCCGUCAAGGACUUCUUGGACAAGUUGAUUGACGUAGAUCAUGACAUAGCAGUAUCCGAGAUGCCGCAGCGGGCUGUGUUCCUCCCCUCAGUCAUCGUCAAAGAGGGAUACCUCCACAAACACAAGGCAGAAGGAGCCCAGCUGCUGUCUCGCUUCGCCUCCAAGAAGCGCUACUUCUGGUUGACUAGCGAGACGCUCUCUUACGCAAAGACGCCCGAUUGGCAGGUGCGCGCCUCAAUGCCCAUCCAUUGUGUGCGCGCGGUGGAGAGGGUGGACGAAAACGCCUUCCAGCAGCAGCAUGUGAUGCAGGUCAUUACCCGGGACGACGACGGCCAGCUGCACACCAUGUACAUCCAGUGCAAGAAUGUAAAUGAGCUGAACCAGUGGCUGUCCGCGAUCAGGAAAGUCAGCAUCUACAAUGAGCGAAUGCUUCCGUCGUUCCACCCAGGGACGCAUCGCGGGGGCAAGUGGACGUGCUGCCUGCAGUCGGACCGCACGGUUGCAGGCUGCAGUCGAACCCACUCCGCCGUGACUCUGGGCGACUGGAGUGACCCCCUUGACCCCGAUGUGGAGACUCAAACUAUUUACAAGCAGCUUCUCCAGGGGAGAGACAAACUCAGGAAAAAAUAUCUUCCAGGGGCAGAUGCAGAUCAGAUGGGCAGCACCAAAGAAGACAUCAACUCCGACGUUCACCCAGAUGGCGCCGAACGUAAAGCGGACCCGGUGAAGCCGGAUCGGAGCCUUGCCGCUCGGCUCUUAACGGCGGUCGAGGCUCUAGAACGGGCUCACGCGACCUUCCGGUGCACAGACCAAGAGGACUCCACCAGUGGAAUCACGAAUCCAUAGAACGGAUUCAAACAGGGAUCUCAAUAAAUCCUUCAGUGAUACAAGCGAGAUGGCGACGGAGGAAAUGUGGCUGAACGGGUGCAUCCUUUUUUUACUGCAUUUCCAAUACGUUGGCCAUGCUUUGUAUUUUGUGUGCCACCGACUUCAGAAAUGCCGCAGACAAUUUAUGACACCUGGCGAUAAAGGGAGCAUGAUCGGACUCGAUGUUUUUGACGCAUGGCCUGCAUCCUCUUGUGGUUGAAUGUCAGCUUUUAUACUCUGACAUACUGUACAAGACACUGGGUCAAGACUUUUUUUUUUUUUUU